UGGCGGAGUGAGCGGCGGCGGUAGCGGCUCCGGCUCCACAACAACAGCGGCGGCGGCGCUGCCAGCGGCUCGCAGACCCGUGCCCAGCCCGCUUCCCAGCACCGCCUCCGGGCCGGGCCGGGCGCGGCGGCUGCUCCUCCGGCCCCGCUGCGGGCGGGCUCCGGCUAACGGGGCAGCGGCGCCCAUAAUAAUCCCUCAUUAUAGCGGAGCGGCUGCCGGGACAGUCCCUGCGCCUCGGACCGGCUCCCUGCGGCCCCGCCGGGCGCUGCUGCGGUGGAUGCUGGGCUGGGCUGGGCUCGGCCGGGGGCAGGUGCCGGAGGGCGCGGGGGGUAGAUGGCGAGUGAAAAGCCGGUGUCAGGGCCGGACCCGCAGCCCGCGGGGCUCAUCCCUGUCGGGGCCGGAGGAGGCGGCGGGAGCAGCGCCGCGGUGAUGGGGGAGCUGCGAGCGUCGGGCUCCGGGGCCGUGGUGCUCCCCGCGGGGAUGAUUAACCCGUCGGUGCCGAUCCGCAACAUCCGCAUGAAAUUCGCCGUCCUCAUCGGACUCAUCCAGGUCGGGGAGGUUAGCAACCGGGACAUCGUGGAGACCGUGCUCAACCUGCUGGUUGGUGGAGAGUUUGAUCUAGAGAUGAACUUUAUAAUCCAGGAUGCAGAGAGCAUAACGUGUAUGUCAGAGCUUUUAGAACACUGUGAUGUAACAUGCCAAGCAGAAAUCUGGAGUAUGUUCACAGCCAUUCUACGAAAGAGUGUCCGUAAUUUACAGACCAGCACGGAAGUUGGCUUAAUUGAACAGGUACUGCUGAAGAUGAGUACAGUGGACGACAUGAUUGCAGAUCUUCUAGUUGAUAUGUUGGGGGUUCUUGCCAGCUACAGCAUCACUGUCAAGGAGUUGAAGCUUUUGUUCAGCAUGCUUCGAGGCGAAAAUGGAAUCUGGCCAAGACAUGCAGUUAAACUAUUGUCAGUCCUUAAUCAGAUGCCACAGAGACAUGGUCCUGAUACCUUUUUCAACUUCCCGGGCUGUAGUGCUGCAGCAAUUGCGUUACCUCCUAUUGCUAAGUGGCCUUACCAAAAUGGGUUUACUCUUAACACCUGGUUUCGUAUGGAUCCAUUAAACAAUAUUAAUGUAGAUAAGGAUAAGCCCUAUCUCUAUUGUUUUCGCACUAGCAAAGGAGUUGGGUACUCUGCUCAUUUCGUUGGCAACUGCUUAAUAGUUACAUCACUGAAAUCAAAAGGAAAAGGUUUUCAACAUUGUGUGAAGUAUGAUUUUCAGCCACGCAAGUGGUACAUGAUCAGCAUUGUGCACAUCUACAAUCGUUGGAGAAACAGUGAAAUUCGGUGUUACGUUAAUGGUCAACUGGUAUCCUAUGGUGAUAUGGCUUGGCAUGUUAACACAAACGAUAGCUAUGAUAAAUGUUUUCUUGGCUCUUCAGAGACAGCUGAUGCAAAUAGAGUGUUUUGUGGUCAACUUGGAGCAGUAUAUGUGUUCACUGAAGCACUCAAUCCGGCACAGAUAUUUGCAAUACAUCAGUUAGGACCUGGAUAUAAGAGUACUUUCAAAUUUAAAUCUGAGAGUGAUAUUCAUCUGGCUGAGCACCACAAACAAGUUCUAUAUGAUGGGAAACUUGCAAGUAGUAUUGCCUUUACUUACAAUGCUAAGGCUACUGAUGCUCAACUAUGCCUUGAAUCCUCACCAAAGGAAAACCCUUCAAUUUUCGUACACUCUCCACAUGCUCUUAUGCUUCAGGAUGUGAAAGCUAUAGUAACCCACUCAAUUCACAGUGCAAUUCAUUCGAUUGGAGGGAUUCAGGUUCUUUUUCCUCUCUUUGCCCAGUUAGACAAUCGACAACUAAAUGACAGUCAAAUGGAAACAACUGUCUGUGCCACCCUUUUGGCUUUCCUGGUCGAACUUCUUAAGAGUUCAGUAGCCAUGCAAGAACAAAUGCUGGGUGGAAAAGGCUUUUUAGUCAUUGGCUACCUCCUUGAAAAGUCAUCUAGAGUUCAUAUAACCAGGGCAGUUCUGGAGCAAUUUUUGUCUUUUGCAAAAUAUCUGGAUGGAUUGUCACAUGGCGCACCUUUACUGAAGCAACUGUGUGAUCACAUCCUUUUUAAUCCUGCUAUUUGGAUACAUACCCCUGCAAAGGUGCAGCUUUCACUGUAUACCUAUCUGUCUGCUGAAUUUAUUGGCACUGCUACUAUCUACACCACCAUACGCAGAGUAGGAACAGUAUUACAGCUAAUGCACACACUGAAAUACUACUACUGGGUAGUUAAUCCUGCUGAUAGCAGUGGCAUUACUCCUAAAGGACUAGAAGGUCCUCGGCCAUCACAGAAAGAAAUCAUAUCACUACGAGCAUUUAUGCUUCUGUUUUUGAAACAGCUUAUAUUGAAGGAUAGAGGAGUCAAGGAAGAUGAGCUGCAGAGUAUAUUAAAUUACUUAUUAACAAUGCAUGAGGAUGAAAAUAUUCAUGAUGUGCUGCAGUUGCUAGUGGCUCUAAUGUCAGAACAUCCAGCAUCUAUGAUACCUGCAUUUGAUCAAAGAAACGGGAUACGAGUCAUUUAUAAAUUACUGGCUUCCAAAAGUGAAAGUAUCUGGGUGCAGGCUCUGAAGGUACUGGGAUAUUUUCUCAAACACCUGGGUCACAAACGAAAGGUUGAAAUCAUGCAUACCCAUAGUCUUUUCACUCUUCUUGGAGAGAGGUUGAUGCUGCAUACAAAUACUGUGACCGUUACAACAUAUAACACACUUUAUGAGAUUUUGACAGAACAAGUGUGCACUCAAGUUGUUCAUAAACCACAUCCAGAGCCAGAUUCUACAGUGAAAAUUCAGAAUCCAAUGAUUCUUAAAGUGGUGGCAACUUUGUUAAAAAAUUCCACACCAAGUGCAGAGCUGAUGGAAGUUCGGCGUUUGUUUUUAUCUGAUAUGAUAAAACUUUUCAGUAAUAGUCGUGAAAACAGAAGAUGUUUACUUCAGUGUUCGGUGUGGCAGGACUGGAUGUUUUCUCUGGGAUAUAUUAAUCCUAAGAAUUCUGAAGAACAGAAAAUCACAGAGAUGGUGUACAACAUCUUCCGUAUUCUCUUGUAUCAUGCAAUAAAAUAUGAAUGGGGAGGCUGGAGGGUCUGGGUGGAUACUCUUUCUAUAGCACAUUCCAAGGUCACCUAUGAAGCUCACAAGGAGUAUCUAGCAAAAAUGUAUGAAGAAUAUCAAAGGCAAGAGGAAGAGAACAUAAAAAAGGGGAAAAAGGGGAAUGUGAGCACUAUCUCAGGCCUUUCAUCUCAGACAACAGGAGCAAAAGGUGGACUGGAAAUUCGGGAGAUAGAAGACCUUUCACAAAGCCAAAGCCCAGAAAGUGAAACAGAUUACCCUGUCAGCACAGAUACCAGGGACUUGCUCAUGGCUACAAAGGUGUCAGAUGAUGUGCUUGGAAGUUCAGAUAGACCAGGAGGGGGUGUACAUGUUGAGGUUCAUGAUCUGUUAGUUGAUAUAAAAGCUGAAAAGGUAGAAGCCACAGAAGUAAAGCUUGAUGAUAUGGAUUUAUCACCAGAGACUCUGGUAACUGGAGAGAAUGGUGCCCUCGUGGAAGUUGAAUCCCUUUUAGAUAACGUAUAUUGUGCUGCUGUUGAGAAACUCCAAAACAAUGUCCAUGGUAGUGUUGGUAUCAUUAAGAAAAGCGAAGAGAAGGAUAAUGGGCCUUUGAUAACACUGGCUGAUGAGAAAGAUGAACCUUCUACUAACAAUACCUCAUUUCUUUUUGAUAAAAUACCCAGCCAAGAAGAGAAACUUCUCCCUGAACUUUCCAGUAAUCACAUUACUAUUCCAAAUGUACAAGAGACUCAAAUGCAUCUUGGUGUAAGUGAUGAUCUUGGAUUGCUUGCUCACAUGACUGGUAGUGUAGAUAUAACAUGUACUUCAAGUAUAAUAGAGGAUAAGGAGUUCAAGAUUCAUACAACUUCAGAUGGAAUGAGCAACCUUUCUGAAAGGGAGUUAGCUUCAUCAUCCAAAGGAUUAGAAUAUGCUGAGAUGACAGCUACAACCCUGGAGACAGAGUCUUCUGGUAGCAAAAGUCUACCUAAUGUUGAUGCAGGAAGUAUAAUAUCAGAUACUGAAAGAUCUGAUGAUGGUAAAGAAGCAGGGAAGGAGAUAAGGAAGAUCCAGACAACUACUACAACCCAAGCUGUGCAAGGUCGGUCUGUUACCCAGCAAGACAGAGACUUGAGAGUUGACUUGGGAUUUCGAGGAAUGCCAAUGACAGAAGAACAACGACGCCAGUUUAGUCCAGGUCCACGCACAACUAUGUUUCGUAUUCCAGAGUUUAAAUGGUCUCCAAUGCACCAGAGGCUGCUGACAGAUUUGCUGUUUGCAUUAGAAACAGAUGUACAUGUUUGGAGAAGUCAUUCUACAAAAUCUGUAAUGGACUUUGUCAAUAGCAAUGAAAACAUUAUUUUUGUACACAACACGAUCCACCUCAUUUCCCAGAUGGUAGACAAUAUUAUCAUUGCGUGUGGAGGGAUUUUGCCAUUGUUAUCUGCAGCCACAUCUCCAACUGGUUCUAAGACUGAAUUGGAAAAUAUUGAAGUGACACAAGGAAUGUCAGCAGAGACAGCAGUGACUUUCCUGAGCCGUCUGAUGGCUAUGGUUGAUGUACUGGUAUUUGCCAGUUCUCUAAACUUCAGUGAGAUUGAAGCUGAAAAAAACAUGUCUUCUGGAGGCUUAAUGCGACAGUGCCUAAGGCUGGUUUGUUGUGUUGCUGUGAGAAACUGUUUAGAGUGUCGACAAAGACAAAGAGAGAGGUUGAACAAAUCUUCACUAAUCAGCAGUAAAACUCAGGAGACUCUUCAGGGUGUGACUGCAGCAGCAAUGACCAAGUCACCAUUGGAAAAUGUUCCUGGUAACCUUUCCCCAAUAAAGGAUCCUGAUAGACUACUUCAGGAUGUUGACAUUAAUCGUCUGCGAGCAGUUGUUUUUCGUGAUGUGGAUGAUAGCAAACAGGCUCAAUUUUUGGCUUUGGCAGUAGUUUACUUUAUUUCUGUGCUGAUGGUCUCCAAGUACCGUGAUAUCCUAGAACCUCAACGGGAGACUGCAAGAUGUGGGAGCCAGGCAGGUAGAAAUAUCAGACAAGAAAUAAAUUCACCAACAAGUACAGUUGUGGUCAUACCAUCUAUCCCUCACCCAAGUUUGAACCAUGGAUUCCUUGCCAAGUUAAUUCCUGAGCAGAGCUUUGCCCACUCAUUUUACAAAGAGACUCCUGCUGUAUUUCCAGAGAAUAUCAAAGAAAAAGAAACACCAACACCAGUUGAAGAUAUUCAGCUGGAAAGCUCCAUUCCUCAUACAGAUUCUGGUAUUGGAGAGGAGCAGAUGCCCAGCAUCUUAAAUGGGACAGACUUAGAGACAAGCACAGGCCCUGAUGCUAUGAGUGAAUUAUUGUCUACUUUGUCUUCUGAGGUAAAGAAAUCUCAGGAAAGCUUAACAGAAAGUCCCAGUGAAAUCUUGAAGCCUGCACCUUCAAUAUCCAGCAUCAGCCAAAGCAAAGGCAUGAAUGUCAAGGAGAUACUAAAAAGCCUUGUGGCAGCCCCCAUUGAAAUUGCAGAGUGUGGUCCUGAUCCUAUCCCUUACCCAGAUCCUGCGUUGAAGAGGGAAGCUCAGUCAAUUCUUCCUAUGCAGUUUCACUCCUUUGACAGGAGUGUUGUCGUACCUGUAAAGAAACCGCCUCCAGGUAGUCUAGCUGUUACCACAGUUGGAGCUGCCACUGCUGGAGGUGUUCUGCCACCGGGUACUACACCAAACAUAUUUGCUGCUACAGGAGCUACACCAAAAAGUAUGAUUAAUACAACAGGUGCAGUGGAUUCAGGAUCUUCCUCUUCCUCUUCAUCCUCUAGCUUUGUGAAUGGUGCUACCAGUAAAAACCUUCCAGCUGUACAAACUGUUGCUCCAAUGCCAGAAGAUUCAGCUGAAAACAUGAGCAUCACUGCAAAGCUUGAAAGAGCUUUAGAAAAAGUGGCCCCACUCCUGCGUGAAAUUUUUGUAGACUUCGCCCCUUUCUUGUCCCGUACACUGUUGGGCAGUCACGGACAAGAACUGCUGAUUGAAGGCCUUGUGUGUAUGAAGUCGAGUACUUCUGUGGUUGAACUUGUUAUGCUGCUUUGUUCACAGGAAUGGCAGAAUUCUAUUCAGAAGAAUGCAGGACUUGCGUUUAUUGAGCUCAUCAAUGAAGGAAGAUUAUUAUGUCAUGCAAUGAAAGACCACAUAGUGCGUGUUGCGAAUGAGGCGGAGUUUAUUUUGAACCGACAAAGAGCUGAAGAUGUACACAAACACGCCGAAUUUGAGUCACAGUGUGCUCAAUAUGCUGCUGAUAGAAGAGAGGAGGAAAAGAUGUGUGACCACCUUAUAAGUGCUGCUAAACAUCGUGAUCAUGUUACAGCCAAUCAGCUGAAACAGAAGAUACUGAAUAUCCUAACAAACAAACAUGGUGCUUGGGGAGCAGUCUCUCACAGCCAACUGCAUGACUUCUGGCGCUUGGAUUAUUGGGAGGAUGAUCUACGCCGGCGAAGGCGAUUUGUUCGCAAUGCUUUCGGAUCCACUCAUUCUGAUGCCCUCCUCAAAGCUGCUGUGGAAUAUGGCACUGAAGAAGAUGUAGUAAAGUCAAAGAAAACUUUCCGAAGUCAGGCUGUGGUAAAUCAGAAUGCAGAAACCGAGCUCAUGCUGGAAGGAGAUGAUGAUGCUGUCAGUCUGCUCCAAGAGAAAGAGAUUGACAACCUUGCAGGCCCGGUGGUUCUCAGCACGCCGGCACAGCUCAUCGCCCCUGUGGUGGUGGCCAAAGGUACCCUCUCCAUCACCACCACGGAAAUCUACUUCGAGGUGGAUGAGGAUGAUCCGGCCUUCAAGAAGAUUGACCCCAAAGUUCUUGCCUACACAGAAGGGCUUCAUGGAAAAUGGAUGUUCAGUGAGAUUCGAGCUGUUUUUUCAAGACGUUAUCUUCUCCAGAACACUGCUUUGGAAGUGUUUAUGGCAAAUAGAACCUCGGUUAUGUUUAAUUUUCCUGACCAAGCAACAGUAAAAAAAGUUGUGUACAGCUUACCUCGUGUUGGAGUGGGGACCAGCUAUGGUUUGCCACAAGCAAGGAGAAUAUCUCUGGCCACUCCCAGACAGCUUUAUAAGUCCUCCAACAUGACUCAGCGCUGGCAGCGACGAGAGAUUUCUAACUUUGAAUACUUGAUGUUCCUCAAUACUAUAGCAGGACGAACAUACAAUGAUCUAAACCAAUACCCUGUAUUUCCAUGGGUGUUAACGAACUACGAAUCAGAAGAGUUGGACCUGACCUUACCAGGCAACUUCAGGGAUCUUUCAAAGCCCAUUGGUGCUUUGAACCCAAAGAGAGCAGUGUUCUAUGCUGAGCGCUACGAGACUUGGGAAGAUGAUCAGACUCCACCUUAUCACUACAACACCCAUUAUUCAACAUCUACUUCUACGCUGUCCUGGCUUGUUCGUAUUGAGCCCUUCACAACAUUCUUUCUUAAUGCAAAUGAUGCAAAAUUUGACCAUCCAGAUCGAACCUUCUCUUCAGUGGCAAGAUCUUGGAGAAACAGCCAAAGAGAUACCUCAGAUGUGAAGGAGUUAAUUCCAGAGUUUUACUACCUACCAGAGAUGUUUGUCAACAGUAAUGGAUAUAAUCUAGGUGUCAGAGAGGAUGAAGUUGUUGUAAAUGAUGUUGAGCUUCCCCCUUGGGCAAAGAAGCCUGAAGACUUUGUCCGGAUCAACAGGAUGGCGCUGGAAAGUGAGUUUGUAUCAUGCCAGCUUCAUCAAUGGAUUGACCUUAUAUUUGGCUACAAGCAACGAGGACCAGAAGCAGUGCGUGCACUCAAUGUUUUCCACUAUCUAACAUAUGAAGGCUCUGUGAAUCUGGAUAGUAUCACUGAUCCUGUCCUCAGGGAGAUCCCAGAGGCGUAUUUUAUUAGAGACCCUCAUACUUUCCUCCUUACAAAGGACUUUAUUAAGGCCAUGGAGGCACAGAUACAGAACUUUGGACAGACGCCAUCUCAGUUGCUUAUUGAGCCACAUCCGCCUCGGAGCUCUGCCAUGCACCUGUGUUUCCUUCCACAGAGUCCACUCAUGUUUAAAGAUCAGAUGCAGCAGGAUGUUAUAAUGGUGCUGAAAUUUCCAUCAAAUUCUCCUGUCACACACGUGGCAGCCAACACGCUUCCCCACCUUACCAUUCCUGCAGUGGUAACUGUGACUUGCAGCAGACUUUUUGCAGUGAAUAGAUGGCACAACACAGUAGGCCUCAGGGGAGCCCCAGGAUAUUCUUUGGAUCAAGCCCAUCAUCUUCCCAUUGAAAUGGAUCCAUUGAUUGCCAAUAACUCUGGUGUGAACAAACGGCAGAUCACAGACCUUGUGGAUCAGAGCAUCCAGAUCAAUGCACAUUGUUUUGUGGUCACAGCAGAUAAUCGCUACAUUCUUAUCUGUGGCUUCUGGGACAAGAGCUUUCGGGUUUAUUCUACAGAAACAGGAAAAUUAACUCAGAUUGUUUUUGGCCACUGGGAUGUAGUUACUUGCCUUGCCAGAUCAGAAUCCUAUAUUGGUGGUGAUUGCUAUAUUGUCUCUGGAUCUCGUGAUGCUACAUUGCUUCUUUGGUACUGGAGUGGCCGACACCAUAUUAUAGGAGAUAAUCCAAAUAGCAGUGAUUAUCCUGCUCCUAGAGCUGUUCUAACUGGUCAUGACCAUGAAGUUGUCUGUGUAUCGGUCUGUGCAGAGCUGGGACUUGUUAUCAGUGGUGCUAAAGAAGGUCCUUGUCUGGUACACACAAUCACUGGAGAUUUGCUGAGAGCACUUGAAGGAACUGAAAACUGCUUGUACCCUCGCUUAAUUUCAGUAUCUAGUGAAGGCCACUGCAUCAUCUACUAUGAGCGAGGACGGUUCAGCAAUUUCAGCAUUAAUGGCAAACUCUUAGCUCAGAUGGAGAUCAAUGACUCAACCAGGGCCAUCCUCCUGAGCAGUGAUGGACAGAACCUGGUCACUGGGGGGGACAAUGGAGUAGUGGAAGUGUGGCAGGCUUGUGAUUUUAAACAGCUCUAUAUUUACCCUGGCUGUGAUGCUGGCAUUAGAGCAAUGGACUUGUCUCAUGAUCAGAGAACUCUGAUUACUGGCAUGGCUUCUGGUAGCAUUGUAGCUUUUAAUAUAGAUUUUAAUCGGUGGCAUUAUGAGCAUCAGAACAGAUACUGAAGCUGAAUGAAGAACUGAAAGCCAAGGUAAAGCUGAGAGCACAAGUGCUACAAUGAAAGGCGUAAUCUCUGGUGGAAAAACACGUCUGCAUUGACCUCCGUUGUACAUUCCAUUACACCCAGCAAUAGCUGUACAUUGUAGUCAGCAACCAUUUUAUUUUGUGUGUUUUUUCACAACUGAACACCAGCUGCUGAAAAGCAAGCUUGUAUCAUGUAAAUUAUAUGAAUUAGGAGAUGUUUUGGUAAUUAUUUCAUAUAUCUUUGUUUAUUGAGAAAAGGUAGUAGGAUGCGCCACAAGAGACUUUCGAAAAUUCUGAGGAACCUUGUGUCCAGUUGUUACGAUGUUUAGUCUGUGAAUCUAACAUGCAUCCCAUUUCCAGUCUCUUUUCAAGCUGAGAAAAAAAAUAUGUUUGAUACUUUGUACAUCAGAUGCACAUCUUAACUUUGAAGGGAUACUUUUGUAAAAGUAAAACCUUGUAUAAAGAACAAAAAUGUUUCUUAAUUUUAUUGUGGAGUUACAACUUGCAUGUACUUUAAACCUGAUGUCUUGAUGGAACAGGGGUAUUCACACAAAUCAAACUGGAGAUCUAUUUAAGGGUGCAGCUUGCAUUAAAGGGUUGAAUUUGGGUGCAAUCAAUAAUUUUGACAUUUUCACCAAAAUAUGUUUUUCACUUUUUAAAUCUAAACUCAUUCUCUUCCAAGUGGAGUUUUGCUCAUGAAGCAUUUGGAUAAGAAGCCAUCAUUUGCCAUACUUAUACAAUGAAAGUUAAAUUCUUCCCUUUUAAACUUAUAGACAAGUCAGAAAGGGAGCAUAGUGGAAAGGUUCUGAUUUUCAUUAUAUCAUCAAGAGUCUUGUAAUGCUUUAUAGUGCUUAAUGACUCCCAACACGGCAAGAGUGUUAUACUUCUGGAUUCAUCACAUUUGGCAUAUUGUCCACUGAGGGAAGAGAGCCCUCAGUUCAUUUUUCUCUUAUUUUUCCUCUGAAUAUCUUGGUUUGUUUAACAACCUUAGCUUUUAUUGCAAAGAUAAGUUAUUCUUUUAGGUUCUUCUGAAAAUCUCACCGGAAGUCACAUUCUCAGCCUAAGGCACUUCAUGUUUUACAAUACUGUAAUGAUGACUAUCAGAAUAAUUUUCCACACAUUGUACUGAUCAAAUUACACACCCAGGGGUAUAUACACUUUACUUCAUGUUUCUUCUUUGUAUAUUUGGUGACUGUAUUGUCAUAGAUGUACAUAUUGUGUCGGUAGGGCUAUGAGGCAUGUAACAGGAAUGUAAUUUUUCUCAGAAUUUACACUCACUUGCAGUCAUUUAUUUAAAAUGAUAAUGGAUUCUUUGUAUUGGCACUUUGCACCAGAAACAUAUCAUUAUUUAUUGAUGUGAUUACUUAUUUGUUAUCCACCUUGUAUUAGUAAGUUUUAGCACUGAAUUCCUUCUUCAUUGUUGUUUGUAUUUAAAAGAUUCUGAAAUCAUGGGGAAUCAACGUAAUGAUUAAGUUAUUCAUCACCAGUCUGUAAGCAAUAUCUUGCGUUUAUAGCUUAGAAUUGGGAGAAUACUGAACAUCUGGAAGACAAGUUCAUUUCAUCUUGAGAUCAUGGUGAAAUAUUUUGGAUAUAUAAAUUCCUUAAGCUAUUGUAACCAUGUUUUAUUGCAAAGAUGUAAAAUAUGCCAGAUGUGUGUGAGUUGGAAAUCCAAAAAAGAAAAAUAAAAUAU